GAGGCAGGAUCGCCCGCCCAGGCGCGGGCCUCGUUCGCUCUCUGCAGCCGUGCUGGGAAAGGGGAGGCGGCUGCUGAAGACGGAGGAGCGGAGCAGGUGCCCAAUCUACUUCCCAGUGACAGAAGAAUGCCUUCCCGUGGCAAGAAAAGAGGCCAACCGGCCUGGACAGCUGCCAAACAGCCUAAAUUGGCCAAGACUGAGAUCCAGAAGGAGAAGGGAUCCAAGUUAACCAGUUCUGGAUUGAGGAAGCCUGGAAAAAGCUUGAAAGGACAUGCAGGGGUUGAAGAGAAGAGCAAGGAGGUUUAUACUCACUGGCUUAUGAAAUCUGAACCGGAGAGUAGGUUUCAAAAGGGAGUAGAUGUGAAGUUUGGCAUUGAAGACUUAAAAGCUCAGCCUAAUCAAACAGCUUGUUGGGAUGGAGUCAGGAAUUAUCAGGCACGGAAUUUCCUGAGGGAUAUGAAAGUUGGACAAGCAGCUUUUUUCUACCAUAGUAAUUGCAAGUAUCCUGGGAUUGCUGGUAUCAUCAAGGUUGUGAAGGAGGCCUACCCGGAUCACACCCAAUUUGAAAAAAGUAAUCCACAUUAUGAUGCUUCCAGCGCAAAGGAUAACCCAAAAUGGUCCAUGGUCGAUAUCCAAUUUGUGCGGAUGACCCAGCGAUUCAUCCCUCUAGCAGAACUCAAAGCUCAUCACCAAGCCCACCAGGACUCAGGAGGCCCUCUGAAAGAGAUGGCUCUAUUCACGAGACCGAGGUUGUCCGUCCAGCCCGUCACCGCCGAGGAAUUUGAAUUCAUUUUGAGCCUUGAAAAGGAGAAAAAAUGAAUGGCAGCUGAUUUUAAAGCCACUUCCUUUCAAAGCCGUAUCAAGGGUAAAGAGCAUGACAGUUGACUGUUCAAUUUACAUUGGUCCCUUUUUGUUUGCAAUGUAACCUUUUUCUGAAUAAAUGGUUUUUU